AUGCAGAAGACCCUGAAGAGGUUUACCGCCCAGUUGACUUUGACGAAUCAACAUAUCCGCAUGAAGGCCAACGUCACUUGGAGCCUGUUGGAGGGCAUCCACAAGCCCUUUGGAGCUGGCUUCACACAACGUGACGCACCGCACCGGAUCCUCGGUGGUGUCUACGUGUACGUCAACUUCAAGGGUCCAGCUUGCCGAUCAGCGAAGCCUGUCCUUGCCGGCCAGCUGGCGGGUGGAAACUCGUCCAACCUCGAAGGCUUGGGUCUCCCAGCUCGUCUCGCUAACGUGGCUGACUGCUCACCUGUCGACCUUUCCAAAACUUUGUGCCCCUUGUUUCCGCACCAGCCGUUCUUCCGGUCACUUUUGGUGCACCACCUGCGCGCUUAUAAUCGUGAUGGGCGACGUUGA